AAACAAAAGCCUCUGUAGAUCAUUUCCUUCUCUCUUUCUCUUUCUCUCACCAUCGCCGCUCCUUCAAACCCUUCUAGAAUCCAUACCAGAAGCACCACAGUCUCCAAUCACCGGCACCGGCCCCCGCCGCGAUGAGCCGGAGGGUGCGGCGGCGCACUAACCUUUGCGACGCUGCCGAUAAGGCUGCGAUCAUCCCCUUGGCAAUCGCUGCUUCCCCGGAGGAUGAAGUUCCCGCUUCCGCUCCUGUUCCCUUCCCGGCCCCAUCUUCUUUCGUUAACUGGACCUCCCUCCCUGACGACACAGUUGUCCAGCUCUUCUCCUGCCUCAACUACCGUGACCGCGCCAGCCUCUCCUCUACCUGCCGCUCAUGGCACCAUCUUGGUGCCUCACCGUGUCUUUGGACCUCUCUUGACCUCCGUGCGCAUCGCUGUGGCCCAGAGACUGCGAUAGCGUUGGCGAGGCGUUGUGUGGCCCUACGCCGCCUCCGCUUCCGUGGCGCGGAUUCCGCCACUAGCGUCAUCCACCUUCACGCUCGCGACUUGCGCGAGAUCUCCGGCGAUGGGUGUCGCGACAUCACCGAUGCCACCCUCUCGGUUCUAGCUGCACGCCACGAGGCCCUCGAAAAUCUCCAGAUCGGACCCGAGCCAUGCCAGCGCAUCACCUCUGACGCCGUCCGCCAUGUUGCUCUUUGCUGUAGUGGGCUCCGCCGCCUGCGGCUUUCUGGCGUCCGCGAGAUCGAUGGUGAUGCUGUCAAUGCCCUUGCUCGGCACUGCACUUGCCUGGAAGAGGUCGCGUUUAUUGAUUGCGGGGCCGUCGACGAGACGGCGCUUGGUAGCGUGACUUCAAUUCGGUUCCUCUCCCUCGCCGGGUCUGGGAAUCUCAAAUGGUCAUCCGCCGCUGUUUCUUUGAGCAAGCUACCAAACCUCGUUGGUCUCGAUGUGUCCCGCACUGAUGCUUCACCCGGUGCUGUCUCGAGGCUUCUCUCAUCCUCAAAGAGCUUGAAGGUCCUUUGCGCACUCAACUGUGCUGCGCUAGAGGAGGAGUGGAACCACAAUGAGACGGCGUUCAGUAACAAAAAGGGCAAGCUUUUGGCCGCCCUAUUUACAGAUGUAUUCAAAGGCGUCGCCUCCUUAUUUGUCGACAUAACUGCAUCUAAUGACAGAGCUGUGUUCGGGGAGUGGAGGGACUGGACGAGCAGUGACAAAGGUUUGGAUGAUAUCAUGGAGUGGCUUGAAUGGAUCCUAUCACACUGUCUCCUGCGUAUGGCAGAGACUAACCCAGCUGGGAUGGAUGAGUUCUGGUUGAAACAGGGAACUGCACUGUUGCUCAGCUUGGCAAAGAGUACGCAAGAAGAUGUUCAGGAGAAGGCGGCGUUUGGGCUGGCUACAUUCGUUGUGAUUGACGAUGAGAAUGCUACCGUGGACCCUGCAAGAGCGGAGGCAGUGAUGAUGGAUGGUGGGAUUCCUUUGCUUUUGGAUCUCGCAAAGUCCUCUCGAGAAGGUGUGCAGUCUGAGGCUGCCAAGGCUAUUGCAAAUCUUUCUGUGAAUUCCAAAGUUGCGAAAACUGUAGCUGAUGAGGGAGGCAUUAGUAUUCUCGCUGAGUUGGCGAGGUCCAUGAACAGAUUCGUUGCUGAAGAGGCUGCUGGCGGGCUUUGGAAUCUUUCUGUUGGAGAAGAGCACAAGGCAGCAAUUGCAGAGGCUGGUGGAGUUAAAGCUCUGGUUGAUCUGAUAUUCAAAUGGCCUUCUGGCAUUGAUGGAGUCCUGGAACGUGCAGCCGGGGCACUCGCAAAUUUGGCUGCUGAUGAGAUAUGCAGCAUGGAGGUUGCAGCAGCAGGAGGGGUUCAUGCUUUGGUCAUGCUUGCUCGAUCAUGCAAAGUGGAGGGAGUGCAGGAACAGGCUGCUCGAGCCCUAGCUAAUUUAGCUGCUCAUGGAGACAGCAACAGUAAUAAUGCUGCUGUUGGUCAAGAGGCAGGUGCACUUGAGGCACUUGUGCAGCUAACCUGUUCCCAAAAUGAAGGCGUAAGACAAGAAGCAGCUGGUGCUCUAUGGAACUUAUCAUUUGAUGAUAGAAAUCGAGAAGCUAUUGCUGCAGCUGGAGGGGUUGAAGCCUUGGUAGCACUUGCUCAAGCAUGUUCCAAUGGUUCCCAAGGUCUUCAAGAAAGGGCAGCAGGUGCUUUAUGGGGUUUGUCAGUUUCAGAAGCUAAUAGCAUUGCUAUUGGCCGUGAAGGUGGUGUUGCUCCUCUCAUAGAAUUGGCUCGGUCGGAUGCUCAAGAUGUUCAUGAGACUGCUGCUGGUGCACUUUGGAAUCUUGCCUUUAACCCCGGUAAUGCUCUCCGGAUAGUUGAAGAAGGGGGAGUUCCAGCUCUUGUACACCUCUGUUCAUCAUCAGGCUCUAAGAUGGCUCGCUUCAUGGCAGCAUUGGCGCUUGCUUACAUGUUUGAUGGAAGGAUGGAUGAAAUUGCUUUAGUAGGCUCAUCGUCAGAAGGAACCUCGAAGAGUGUUAAUUUGGAUGGUGCUAGAAGGAUGGCAUUGAAGCAUAUUGAAUCUUUUGUGCUAAGUUUUUCAGAUUCCCACUUGUUCUCUAUGGCUGUUGCAUCCUCCGGGCCUGGUGCAUUGACACAAAUAGGUGAAGCAGCACGCAUACAAGAGGCAGGCCAUCUGAGAUGCAGUGGUGCAGAGAUUGGGAGGUUUGUUGCCAUGCUUCGAAAUGCUUCUCCCAUUCUUAGAUCAUGUGCUGCAUUUGCUCUUCUUCAGUUCACAAUCCCUGGAGGUAGGCAUGCUGUCCACCAUGCAAGCCUUUUGCAGAAAGUCGGAGCUUGGAGGGUCCUGCGCAAGGCUGGUGCUGCCACGACAGCUCCUAUAGAAGCCAAAGUAUUUGCCAAGGUAGUAAGCAGUUACCUGAAAGAUAACAUGGGGGAUCCAGUUUAAGCCAACAACUGCAGAUAUAUUUGUGUGUAUUCAAAGGGUAAUCUUAAAGAUUGGAAUUUUCUUCUCCGAUCUCUGAUCUGUCAACAAUGAUAAAUGCACUUGCCAUCCUCCUUCAAUCAAAUUCCAGGACUUGAAGUUCCCCUCUCGCGAGUAUGUGGAUUUUAAUCUUUCACUAUGAAGUCAGUUCUUCAAGUCAUAACAAGCUUGGAUAUAGAAUUAAUUGGGGUUUGCCUUGUUGAUUAGGUUUUUCUAUUUACUUUGAGCUUGUGUGAUCAUAAUAAUGACUUUGCUGAAUUUUUUUUUUUUUCUAAUUUAUUUGCAAUGUAAAACAAGGUGCUGGCUGCGAAAGUAAAAAAACAACAAAACCCAGUAUCUAUAUCAGUUUUGCACUAUAUUUUGUCAAAUGUUAUUAAUUUUAUUGUAUAAUAACUUUAUA